AUGAAAAGAAUGAAAGCAGGUAAGGUAGCUGGAUAUGAUAGAGUAUCACCCGAGAUGCUAAGGGCUGGAGAGAAAGUGGUGGCAGGCCUGCUGUACACCUUGUUUAAUUUGUGUUGGGAAUUAAAACGGGUACCGGAUGACUGGUGUAAAGCAGUUUUAGUAUCAAUAUAUAAAGGAAAAGGUUCACAGCAGGACUGCAAAAACUACCGUGGUAUCAGCUUGCUUAGUAUUGUAGGUAAACUGUAUGCUAAGGUGUUAAUUGAAAGAGUUAUGAAAGAAACUGAUGGAAAAAUUUGGGAUGUGCAAGCGGGUUUUCGAAAGGGUAUGGGGUGUACAGAUCAAGUCUUUUCCAUGCGCAUGAUUGCGGAGAAGUUUUUGGCUAAAAACCAGAAAGUUUUUUGUGCGUUCAUGGACUUGGAAAAGGCUUAUGACAGAGUGGACAGGAAUGUGUUAUGGCAAACACUGAACUAA